GCAGCCAUCACCCAUUCAGACAUAAAUUCAAUCCCUUCACAAUUUCCCAUCUGCUGUUUCUGACCUGAGCUUCCCAGUUUUUCCGUCCUUGCCCUUUUGCAUCUUUUCAUAUUCCAUGUUAACGUUGAUCAUAGAUCAAUGGUUUGUGCUUCAAACUUGCUUGAUUUCAUUCUCUCUUUUAUAAGAAUCAUCGAAUGGGCUUCGUUUUACUACUAUAGUUUUUGAUGGCUUAAUUUUCGAUCAUUACAAUAGUUUUUCAUCGACAGCUCUGGUACAGUAUUAUUUUUUACUUCCUUCUCUGAUCAUUACACAGUUAUAUGGUAUAUAAUCUCAGCGUCUGGUUUGUUGUGUCCAAAUUUUGAUUCCUCCCAAGUUCUUUUCUCUUGCUUGUGCAGUGUUGGCAUCUCUUGUCCUCAAAGAAAAGAACUGUUGUGGAGUGACAGAAGAAUCACUUUUCUUGAGAACAAGAGCUUUUGGGUCUCUUUAAAUUUAAAGAGGUAUCUGAAUCUCUCUCGGAGACAAAGCUUCCUGAUUUUCAAGGCAAACAAAACCAAAAAAAUGAAGGGUGAAAACAACAAUCCGUCAACCUCAUUUGCCAAGCUCUUUAAUGCCCACUUGCAUUUCUUCAAUGUCCUCUCUUGUGUCCUCCUCUUUGGCUCUCUCCUAUCUCUUGGAAUCAUACUCAGCUUUCAUCUUAAAAACUUUUCAAUUGACCUACAUAUCACGCAGUUAUCUCUGACUACGAGAUCAGCAUCGGCACCGCCGCCCCCGCCCCCGCCGCAAUCAUUUACUCCGGCUGCUAAAACAUCUAAUGUUGCGGGCAUAGGACUAACAGAAUUUCUGAAGCCACCGGAUGUAAUGCAUGGCAUGGAUGAUAAAGAGCUUCUGUGGAGGGCCUCAAUGGUUCCCCGAAUUCCACAGUAUCCAUUCGAUCGAGUUCCUAAAGUUGCUUUCAUGUUCUUGACAAAAGGGCCUCUUCUCUUGGCUCCGCUGUGGGAGAAAUUCUUCGAAGGGCAUGAAGGGAUGUACUCAAUCUAUGUGCACUCCAAUCCAUCAUUCAAUCUAUCAGACCCUAAAAGUUCAGUGUUCUAUGGCAGAAGGAUUCCCAGCAAGGAAGUCGAAUGGGGAAAGGUGAAUAUGAUUGAAGCCGAGCGGCGGCUGCUAGCCAACGCACUACUGGAUUUCUCAAACCAAAGAUUCGUUCUUCUGUCGGAAUCAUGCAUUCCAAUCUUUAACUUCUCCACUGUCUACUCCUACCUCAUCAACUCUUCCCAGAGUUUCGUGGAGUCCUACGAUUUAGAAGGCCCCGUUGGGCGGGGCAGAUACAGCCGGAGAAUGAGCCCCCGAGUCACACUGGACCAAUGGAGGAAGGGAGCCCAAUGGUUUGAGAUGGACCGAGAGCUUGCCAUUGGGGUAGUUUCCGACCAAGAAUAUUUCCCAGUGUUCCAAAAGUACUGCAAGGGCGCUUGCUACGCCGAUGAACAUUACCUGCCAACGUUUGUGACCAUGAAAUUUGGGCACAAGAACUCGAACAGGACUCUGACAUGGGUCGAUUGGUCCAAAGGUGGGCCCCACCCUGCAAAGUUCCUGAGGACGGAGGUGACGGUUGAAUUUUUGGAGAGGUUGAGGAGCGGAAGCCAAUGCCAGUACAAUGGGAACACGACGGAUAUCUGUCACCUGUUCGCCAGAAAGUUCUCUCCCGAUGCUCUGUACAGGUUGUUAAAGUUUGCACCCAAACUCAUGCACUUCCAUGAAUAAAUACAUUCAUUCUUAGCACAGAAUCUAUUCUUUUUAUUCAUUUUUGUAAUUUUUUUUGGGAUAAAAAGCAAAUUUGCCCCCAUAAUUAUCAAUCAAUUUACUACUUUUCUCAUUU